CAAUAGUUUCCUGAGUACAAGAUGGCUGAUUACUUUCAAGAAAGUAGAGCGAUGUAACCCCGACAACAUCCUUAAAACAGACGUGCUUCAGGAACUGAAGAAUCAGCGUCGAAUUGAUCAGACAAUAACAUGAACUUGAUAGCCCAUCACAGCAGAUAUGCAGUGCCCUCGACCCUGCACAAAGUUGCAUGCAUCUGGAGGGUAUUACCUACUGUUAUACUCAAGACUUUUAUACCUCAUCAAUACAUUGUGACAAAAAACAGCUCAAAUUUUUCAUUGUAUUCAUCAUUCAAAUCUGCGAGUACCCAAAGUAAAGGGAUGCAGCCACAGAAUUGUUUACUGUCACAGGAUCACCAACAGUUGACAGGAAUACCAGCGUUUUAUUUAAGAGAAAAAGAGGUAAAUGAGAAGAUUAAGUCCAAGCACACAGUUCAAGAUCAGUUGGAAUUUUAUCAGUCAUGGAAAGAUCUGAAGUCUUUAGUGAACAGCAUAACAGCACUUCAUAUGAUCGCUAAAAUUGUCAAGAAAAACCAGAGAGAAAGAGCGAUUCUGCAGAAAGAAAGAGACAAGGAAAUCAAUGGUACAAAAAGUGCAUACCAUGAGAUCCUAGAUUUUAUUUCUGAUCAGAUUAUUUCCUGUAAAGGGCAAGGUCUAUCGAAUGUCAUUUGGUCCUUAGGAGUAAUUCAAGAAAAAGACCACCACCUGGGUAAGGUUUGUGAGGAAGAAAUUCUAUCGCGCGAUAUAACUGCCUUUCACCGAGCUGAGGUCUGUUGUCAGAUUCUGCCGGGAUGUGUUGGCUUGGAACUCAAACACUCGCUAGUUUUUAAACGCGUUGAGGAAGCCAUAUUGGCUGAGAAAAUCAAGUUGCAUCUUUGUGAAAAUCGCCAUAUUUGCGCCAUCUUGUCUUGUUUUACCGAGGUUGGUGGCGGAAGUUUAGAAUUAUUUGAAAAAUUACAGGCUAACAUUGUGGAGAGAGAUUUUAGUUCGUUGCUCGUUGAACACCUUGAUCAGAUCUUGCACUGUUUUGCCAUCAAGGGCAUCUUCUCUGAUCAGUUAUUCAGCCAAGCAGAAGAAGAAAUUCUGCUAGAGGGGUGCGGUAACUUUCGGAUGAUAGAACUCGUGAGCAUUCCACGCGCGUUUGCAAUUGCGGGUAGUGGAAGCGAACAACUCUUUGCAGCUUUCGAGGAAGAAAUCUGUCGAAAACGAAUCAAAUAUUUCCCAUUAUCUUGCCUAUGUUGGAUCACUUGGUCUUUUGCCAUAAGAGGUUUCACGCAAAGUAUGGUGUUUAAAUAUGCCGCUCACGCCAUCUACAAUCGAGGGGUGAAAAAUCUCAAAAAUAGUGGCCUUUCGCUGUGUCUGUAUUCUUUCGUGUUGGCGGAAAGUCCUUCACGAGUUUUCGUAAAGGAAUUAGGAAAAGAGCUUCUUUCUAGAGACUUGAGAAUUUUCAAGGGUACCCAGCUGUGUCAACUGAUGUGGGCUUGUUCAAAAGCCGAGUAUUUAAACCCAGAAUUACUUCAACGUUUGGAGGAAGAGAUUCUCCAACGGAACUUGACACAGAAAGAGGAAACCAUAUUAUCUGAAAUUUUAGGCAACACUGCUAAGGAAGACAAAAAUCCGCCUCCAUAUUUGCGUGAACUAUGUAUUUCAUCAAUAUAGACAGCUGUUUGUAUUAGUUCUUUUAUUGAAGAGAAACAAUUAACCUUCAGUAAAUGUUAUUACAUGUGGUCUGAGGAAAAAUAUGAUUGUUUAUAUUGCAUUACCACCCGAGGCGAGUAAGAGCUGAGCGCAAAAGGCGAUGGCGACUAGAAAAAUUUUCCAGACACUUACGGCAUGUGCAGACAAGAGCUACGAGGUGAAACUGAAUCGAGUGCGCAAACUCGAGGCCUCUUGUUUUUCUUGCCGAACUUUCCUGGAAAAAUAAACUUAAAAAUAGCGUAAAAAUUCCCGUUUCGACUGAAGUAGUUUGCUAAGCUCGCGACCAAACUGACUCGUCCUUAGUCAGCUUCAUGCUAGGAUCUUGUCUGGUAUCACUAUUUUCACGUAACAUAACCUAUUAAUACUGUAACAGGGCGCGAUUCGCGCAUGUUACCCUAUGUCAACUCGUCAAUAAUCUUUUUACAACGUUCUUCUAAAUCUUGUUUCCCUGCUUCAUCCAGCAACGAAAUCUGCCUCGACCUUCGCGUUUUUCUCUU